AUGGAGGAUUUCGUUUGAAGAGCCGAUCUCGGAUCAGGAGGAACGCUGACAUCAGGGCCGGUGAGGAACUGGAAACCAUAGGCCUAGAAUGUGAUGUAAGACGGCCGUUCAAUAGCAAGUCAGCCUUCUAUUAUUGCAACGAAAGAGAAAAGCAGCAAAAAGUCACGACCGGGAAUCGUCAUUGUCACUCAUUACUUCACUUCAAAACUGCCAUCUUAACAAAGUCAACAACUACCCUACACAAUGGCUCAGACAUUUCGCAUUCUCGUUCUCCCGGGCGACCAUGUCGGCCCCGAAAUCAUGGCCGAAGCCCUCAAAGUCCUCGACGUCGUAGAAGAGUGCCGGCCAAAUCUCAAGUUUGAGCGCACUUUCGACCUCGUUGGCGGCAGCAGCAUCGACAAGCACGGAGUCCCCGUGACAGAAGAAGUCCUCGACAGGGCCAGCAAAAGUGACGCCGUGCUAUUCGGCAGCGUGGGCGGGCCAGAGUGGGCAAACGCUUCUCCCAACCCAGAGGCUGGCAUUUUGGGACUUCGACAACGGCUGGAUGCAUUUGCAAACUUGAGGCCGUGUGAAAUUCUGGUCCCGAGCCUACUUGAAGCCUCGCCUCUCAAGCCAGACAUCGUCAAGGGCACCAAAUUCAUCGUUGUCCGAGAAAACUGCGGUGGCGCAUACUUUGGCGACAAAGUCGAGAAGCCCGAAGUCGCAUCAGAUCUAUGGGUAUACGAGCCCCGAGAGGUUGAGCGCUGUGCUCGUGUAUCGGCCGCCGUGGCUCGGAUCCUCGGAAAGAAUGGCGAUGGCAAAGGCGGCGAUGGUCCGGCCAUUGUGUGGAGUGCCGACAAGGCAAAUGUCCUUGCCAGCGGGAGACUCUGGCGCAGAGUAACUCAAGAUAUCUUUGACAGAGAGUUUCCGGACAUUGAUUUGCGCCAUCAGCUUGCGGAUAGCAUGGCUAUGCUGAUGGUCAAGAACCCGCGCGGCUUCAACGGCGUGAUUCACACGGACAACACCUUUGGCGAUAUUUUGUCCGACAUUUCGGGUGGCAUCGUGGGCAGCCUUGGGACGCUGCCGAGUGCGAGCAUUUCCGGUAUUCCAGGACAGGGAAAAUGCAACGGCAUUUAUGAACCUGUGCAUGGAAGUGCGCCAGAUAUUGCUGGCAAGGGCAUCGUGAACCCCGUUGCGCAAAUCCUUAGUCUGGCGAUGCUUCUGAGGUACUCGUGCGUGCUUGUGGACGAGGCGGCGGCCAUCGAAAAGGCUGUUCAGACAGUGUUCGAUUCAAAAGAGGGGGGUGGACUCGGCAUUCGGACAAAGGAUAUGGGGGGUGAGGCCGGGACAAAGGAGGCUGGUGAUGCCAUUGCUGGCGAGGUUCGGCGUCUCUUGCAGGCGAGCUGAAUUGGACAACAUGAAGCUGGUACUUUGGAUUCUUGGAAGAUGAAAUGAUAAUACGGAUACAUAGAAACAAACAAACUGAAGCAACGAAUCCGUAUUCAAAGCAACUACAUGACUCUGAAGAUCAACGGCUUUGAGCAACCGCAA